GUCAAGGAGUUAUGGGUAAAGAUAUCAUACAGUUUCUGGAGGAAUGGCAACCAAAGUGGCUCUGUCUUCCUCUUUCAGCACCAAAUUUUCAAUACCAGCCAAGCAAUCCUCACCAUCUCCUGUAUUUCACUACACCCUCUGCUCACCAAAAACAAGGGCUCAUCUUUUCAAGAUUCAUGCAGAAUUAGGUGGAGGAGAGGGAGAAGUCAAGCAAGGAGGGAAGAAGAAGUUUAUCACUAGAGAUGAAGAACCAGAACAGUAUUGGCAGAGCGCAGGCGAAAGGGCAGGGGAGAAUCCCAUGAUGACACCCCUUCCUUACAUCAUUAUAUUCGGCAUGUCAACACCCUUUGUGAUCUUAGCCAUUGCUUUUGCCAAUGGUUGGAUCAAGGUACCUGUUCGAUGAUAUUAUCAUAAAUUUUGUGGCAAGAAUCUCCAACCUUAUUUGAUUCACAACCUCCUUGCUUCAAUAUCUUGUACUCUCUAAUGUAAGCAUAUGGCUGUUGUAUAUGGAAUAUUCAUGCUCUGACAUGUUAAAUGAAUCAUAGUUCAAUUCUACUA